CAAGCCACACUCCCAUAGUUUGCUCAGAUCUGAUCAACCUGAGCCACACAGUUUCUCAGCAAACCUCUGCGUCUUUGUCUACAAGGGCCUCCAUGACCCUCAAGUUCAUACUGCUCAUAAACAGUGAGCCUGAACUGUUCUUUUUGUCUUGAUCUCCCUCUGACAAAGAAACACAGAUGACACGAAACCCACUGAAGACAAUACCGGGAAAAUGGCAGUCUUGGAAAUAACUUUGGCUGUCAUCCUGACUCUACUGGGACUUGCCAUUCUCGCUAUUUUGUUAACAAGAUGGACACGACGCAAGCAAAGUGAAAUUUAUGUCUCCAGAUACAGUUCAGAACAAAGUGCUGGACUUCUGGACUGUGAGGAUGGAUUACAAUAUGCAUAUUCAACAGAAAGUGACACUUCAUACAAUGACCAAGAGGGAUCCGGAAGAGAUUAUACACCAUCAACCAACUCCUUAGCACUGUCUCGUUCAACUAUUGCUUCAUCUCAAGGAUCCACAAGUAGUAUAAAAUGUUUGAAAAAACCACUCAGAACCUCAAGAUCAACAGCAAAGGAAAAUUUUAAGAACAAAAAUGGUCGAGUGAAAGGUAGGCAGCUUCCCCUGCUAGAAAUCCCAGCAACACUCAGAAUAAGGAGCGUGAUGGUGGCCAUUCUAUUCAAGAUCCACCAAGAGAGUUUUGUGACAAGCCGGGAGUCCAGCUCACUGACGGAGAGUCCCCAAGCUGUCAUUGAUGAUUGUGUGGGAUGUAUGUGUCUGGAUAUGAACAAAGAAUAA